UCCGCCCCUCCCCCCUUCUUCUCCCCCUCCCGCUUUUCGCACCCUCCCCAGCCGUUCUCGCCCUCAAUGUUCUCUUCCACAUUGAAGUCUUUGGCCCGCACUGGCUGGGCGGUGCGACCGUCCAUGGCGGGGGGUCUCCGCGCCUCCCCCUCGGCAGUUCGCCGCUUCCCCUCCGUCCGCACCUUCUCCGUCACUGCGCGCGCAGCGAGCAUUGCCAACCGUGGCAUUACCUUCCGCGUCUUCCAGUCCCCCGCCAAGUACGUCCAGGGUCCCUCGGCCAUCCGGGACUCUGCCCAGUACCUUCGCAAGAUGGGCAAGCGUGCAGUCUUGAUCACGGACGACAUUGUCCACCAAAUUGCGGGCGAGGACCUCAUCAACACCCUCUCCGAGUUCGAGAUUAAGCGCGCGGCAUUCACCGGCAUCGCUUCGGUUGAAGAAGUCGAGCGCAUCAAGGAGAUCUGCGUUGACUUCAAGGCAGACUUCGUCAUCGCUCUCGGAGGUGGGAAGACUAUCGACGUCGGAAAGACCGUCACGGAUGACCUGAAGAUCGAAGUUGCCAUCAUGCCCACGACCGCCUCCACCGACGCGCCCUGCUCUGCCAACGCCGUCCUCUACCGCCCAAGCGGUGAUUUCGACCGCUACGCGUUCUGCCAACGAAACCCGUACAUCGUCAUCGUCGACACGUCCAUCAUCGCCCGCGCACCUGCACGCCUCUUGGCUGCCGGUAUGGGUGAUGCUCUCGCGACGAACGUCGAGGCCAAGCGCGCUCGCAACGCGCCCAACUUCGGCGGUGGGAUGCCCGCGCUCGUCGCAGACGCCAUCUGCGAGAAGUGCGAGGAGACGCUGUUCAAGUACGGCAAGCAGGCGUACGAGGCGUGCAAGGUCAACGCGAUGACGCCCGCAUUGGAGGCGAUCGUCGAGGCGAACACGCUUCUCUCAGGUCUUGGCUUCGAGAGCGGUGGGCUGGCUGCCGCGCACGCGAUUCACGAUGGUUUGACGAGCAUCCACCGUCUCCAUCACCUUCUCCACGGCGAGAAGGUCGCGUUCGGCACCAUCUGCCAGCUCGUCCUCGACGGCGCGCCGCAGGAUGAGAUCGACCGGUACCUCGGGUUCUUGCUAUCUGUCGACUUGCCGGUCACGUUUGACAUGAUGGGUAUUCCCGAUGUGACGGCGGAAGAGCUGCACAAGGUUGCUGAGAUUGCCUGCGCUCCGGGCGAGACUAUCUGGAACAUGGAUUCGGUCAUCACCCCGGACGUUGUCUUCCAGGCGAUCCUCGGCGCCGACAUCGUCGGUCGCGAGUACAUCGACCGCACAGGCUUCAAGCAGCUCUCGACUGACUUCGACUACGCAGUCAUCGAAACCCGCCCUCAUGUUUCUCGCUCCGGUACCGUCGACCUCCUCGGCGACCUUAAGGUGCAAGCGUAAGCCUCCGCCAUGGACCCGAUACGAAACCAAAUGUUGUACAUAUAUUCACGACCCGAUCGCGAGUCGCACCGAAAAGGUCGCUCGUUGAGCGCGAGCACUACUGGGCGACUUCCCCCAACAGCACUGGCACUAUCCCUGGCUUCGGUUUUCUCUCAUCAUCGACCCUCAUCAUCAUAUUCACGACGUUCCCAUCCGAUCGCGGCGCGCAUGUCAGCAUGCGCGUCGACGAGCGAGCAGCGCGGUUCCAUCUACCCAACUAACUAUUCUAUCAUAUCUUCCUCCUUGUCAUCUUACGGUACGAACAUAACUAUCCUCAAGGACUACAGCGAUUCCGAUACCCGUGGGCUACAGUACUGUAUCAUGUACCGGUUGUUGGGCGUUUUCGAUGCUUUUUGCUUUUACUAGCUAUCCCCCUGUGUAUGACCUCCUCUUUACAAGUAUUCCGCAAUUGGGUUAAUGUGAUUAGUAUUGGGCCUGCGAA